AUGUUAACCAUUAUUCCAACAAUAAUUGAUGCGAAUUCCAGCUCAUCCCGGGGGUACGAAUAUGCAUUUCAUCAGAGUCAAGCGAAUUGUUCUCCAUCUAUACUUCCAAUACAGAGGCGCUGGUUUCAUAGUCAUCUUAGACAGGAAAAUGCUUGGCUAGCUGUACUUCUCGGCAUUGCUUCUGAAUUAGGCUGGCUCGCAUCGCAUGGCCAAUCAACUAUACUUUCCGGCCUAACUUUUCCCGAGGGCCCUCUACGCAUCCUCCAUGAUCACCUUGCUUAUAGUAUCUGGUUGGGAGUGGCUUCCGUUUGUGGUCACUUCGGAACAGCCUGGCUACCGGCGGUUGGAGCUGAGAUAACACAAUCGGAGGAUGGCUUUGGAUUUGAUAAUAGGCUGUCUUCUUCUAAUUCGAUGGCCAGCCUUCUAAACAGGAUUCCUAUCAAUAAAAAGUUGAGUAUGGAGGCCGAAAAUGUUGUACAAGUCAAGGCACUAAUAAAUACAAAUAAAACUAUAAACAAAAGUAAAAGUAUCCAUCAAGCUGAUAACCAGCUUGACUGGGCUGAAGGUGAAAUUUCACAGGAAAGAAGUUUUGUAGCUAAUUUGCUACCAUGGAAACUCAUCGACAAUAGCUCUAGUCCGAAUUCUAACAAGAAAAGCAACAGUCAAUCUACGUGGAAACAUCAGUUAAAUAUAUCUACAAAACUGCCCACAGAAUUUGAUAUGAUGGCGGAUGAUCAUGCCUCGGCAGCGUACUCCGAAUAUGGAAAUAUGCAGUCCGAAGAGCCCUAUGGUGGAGAAGAU